AUGAAUGAAAGAAUGCGUGAUAGAUGUGGAAAUGGUAUCAUAUUUUGUGAUGCAUCGAAUGAAACAGCCAAAUAUUUCAGUGUUUUCUGCGAUGCGUUCAGUGGAAUCACAGAACGAGUGAUCCAUUCGUGUACGAAGAUCAUUGCUCGUGGCGUGCCAAAAUGCUUCCCGGUAAAAUGUAUCUUGGCGAUGAAUUCCGCAUAUAGCUUCAUUGCAUCUUCUCGACUGAAAGCAUUACGGACCAAAAUGCGCAACGGACGAUCUGCUCGGACAGUGCCCGUCGGUCAUCUGUCACUAUCAUCUGGAUGGGGUGGAGGUCUCCCAUAG